UGUUUCGAAUAUUCUAUGAAGUUUGAUUUUUUACCAAUCGAUAAUCAUUCUUUUGACAUUCAAAGGAGUAAAGAAGCUGAAGAUAUGUACAUCCGGGCUCUUCAGUUUGACGCCGACAACCCAAAUUUAUACUACAAUCUUGGUGUUGUCUUACUGGAUCAGGGACGAUAUGAGGAAGCGUUGUCUUUAUUUAAUAGAGCUUUAGAACUGGAACCAGAACACAAGCAAGCCCUCAUCAAUUCAGCAAUGCUACUCCAGGAAAGUAACUUGCAGAAGACGGAAGAAGAGGCCAGCAGGAGGUUUCACAAGGCUACAGACGGAGUGAUGCACGAAGAAGGUGUGUUCUUCAGCCUGGGAAUGUUAGCUCUGGAAAACGGAAACCCUGCAGUAGCCGAACGGUGGUUUCGUAAAGCUAUAGAGAUUAAACCGAGUGACCGGAGCGCCCUCUUUAACCUCGCCUUGCUUCUCACGGAAAAUAAUCGCCACUCCGAAGCUCUGGACGUUCUUGAGCAACUGUUGCAGCAUCAUACCGGUCACGUGAAGGGUCUCCUUCUCCUUGGAGAUAUCUACAUUACUCAGAUGGAAAACUUGGACGGAGCAGAAACGUGUUAUCAGAAAAUACUGGAAGUUGAUCCCCGAAACGUCCAGGGCCUACACAACUUGUGUGUGGUUUAUCUCCACAGGGGUCAUUUGAAACAGGCAGAACAGUGUUUUCUUCAAGCUACGAAUCUGGCUCCAAACGCCGAAUACAUUAGACAUCAUCUUCAAUUGGUCCGCUCUCAGAUUUUAAAACAAAAUCUACCUAUAGGUGUCACUCGGAAAGACUUUCAUCAACUGAAGUAUUCUGGAUCUGUAAGAUGAUUCUCUGGUGUCGGUGACGUGAGAUAUAAAAACAGACCAAGUGCUUAAAUUAUAUUUCGUGUACUAAUAAAAAGCUCCUAUUUGUUUUUUCUUUCUUCGCCGAGAGAACGCUCGUGAUACGUAACCACGACAACUGUAAACUGAAUAUUAUGAACAUAAAACAUUACAAGACUUGGUAUUGAAACUGAGUUGUGUUUUUUUUAAAAAAAAAGAUCGAAUGAGUUGAGAGUGUUCAGAACAUACACGUAAACUUUAACACAAACUGAAUUAGACUAAACCUUUACGGCUUCCUUUUUUUUUCCAGAUGAGCAGCUGGACGACGCUUGUCAUCGUCAUUAUAUAUCGUCAAAGAUGUCUGUUAAGUCGCAUUUCAUCAAAAACAAAAAAUAUAUGAUCGGAAGAAAGUGGCGUUUUAUAACUAGAAGCGUUUUCAACUUAUAGUUCCUGUAAUGAGCAUAGUUAAAAAAAAGGAAA